AUGGUGUGUUUUUGUUUCUUGGUGGACCAGAAGAGGAAGGUGAAAGCAAGCAAACCGGCGGCGGGAACGUGUUCCCGGUGCGGUCGUGGUGCAAGAGUCGCCGACAUGAAGACUUCGACGAGGUUUUGUCUAAUACCUAUUUAUUGCACAUCUUGGAGAGCCAUCGUCUGCAGCUUUUGCGGCUCUGUUCUUAAAUCGUACCGUUGA